AUGCUCGACGUGGAGUACGAAGCUCCAAAUUUUGAUUAUCCUGCUGGUGAUAGCAAUCACUACACCUUUGGGCGUAUCGGGGAACAUAAUGUGGUCAUUGUGUCCCUCCCUCAGGGCGUGUGUGGUACUCAUUCUGCUGCAGCGGUGGCUUCUGGUCUGGGACUGAGCUUUUCCUGCUUAGGGUUUUUACUCAUGGUCGUUGUCGCUGGAGCUGCGCCAAUAUCCCAAAAUUAUAUACGACUAGGGGACAUCGUCGUUAGCGAAAGAGUCAUGCCCUAUAAAUUUGAUAAGCAAUACCCCGGUGGAUACAAAUUCACCGGCGAUGUAUUCGUCUCAGAUCAUGCGCUCCUCUCGGCAACAUGCCAAGUUCAAUCGGAUCUUGAUCUGGAUAUCUUGAAGCUUGAUAGCAUUAUCUCAAAACGGUUCAAUGGGCCAAAAAAACUGAGGGAUAUGUUUCAGCGCCGGGAAAGUGAUCCGAUCCUUUUUUUUCAAUCAGACUACCUACAUCUCGAUUCCUGCGACUGUCUUCAUGAUCAUCCACAAAAGCAAAAUAUAGUUCGUCGAUCAAAGCGCAAGGCAUAUGAGCGAAUCAAAGUCUACAGCGGCAAGACACUGUGGUCAAAGAUGCCAAAGAGCGUGACUAACUGGCCCAAGAUUGGAACAUUCUUUGCUUUGAGAUGGAAUCAGCCGCACUCGGGCUUUGAAUUCCAUACUCUUCAAUUCGAGCAAUUUGUGACUAUGCCGACUCUCACAAAAACAAACAGUGGCAAGGGUAUGCUGCCGCUAAUGCGGCAGCCUGUGCCCAUGCUUUACUCCACGUCUCCCCCGUGA